UGGGUUUUUGCCUCUUUUCAGUGACGGUUGGGCAGAUAGAGAUGAAGUCAUUGAAGGUUAUGAACCUGAAGCAAAUGGAGGCAUUACUAUCAAACUGCAGUCUCCAGAGGUCUUGGCAUUUGAUGACUACUAUCUGAAGCUGCGUCUGGACACCAACACCCGCAACCCCUGGUUUCCUGAAUUCUGGCAGCACAGAUUUCAGUGCCGCAUCCCGGGGCACCCACUGGAGAAUCCUAACUUCCAGAAGAACUGCACUGGCAAUGAAAGCUUGGAAGAAAACUAUGUGCAGGACAGUAAAAUGGGAUUUGUCAUCAAUGCUAUAUAUGCUAUGGCUCAUGGGCUCCAAAAUAUGCAUCAUUCCCUUUGCCCUGGACACGUUGGGCUGUGCGACGCUAUGAAGCCAAUUGAUGGCAGCAAGCUCUUGGAGUUCCUCCUCAAAUCCUCAUUCAUCGGUGUUUCUGGAGAAGAAGUUUGGUUUGAUGAAAAGGGAGAUGCACCCGGAAGGUAUGACAUCAUGAAUUUGCAGUACAUAGAGCCCAACCGCUACGACUACGUCCUCAUUGGGACCUGGCAUGAGGGUGUGCUCAACAUUGAUGACUACAGGAUUCAGAUGAAUAAGAGCAGAAUGGUCCGAUCGGUGUGCAGCGAGCCUUGCUUGAGGGGCCAGAUUAAGGUGAUCAGGAAAGGAGAAGUGAGCUGCUGCUGGAUUUGCACUGCUUGCAAGGAGAACGAAUUUGUUCAGGAUGAAUUCACAUGUAAAGCCUGUGAGCUUGGCUGGUGGCCGAAUGCUGACCUGACAGGCUGUGAACCCAUCACUGUAAAGUACCUCCAGUGGAGCAAUAUAGAGUCUAUUGUGGCUGUGGUCUUCUCCUGCCUGGGGAUCCUGGUCACCAUGUUUGUCACCCUUAUCUUUGUGCUCUACAGGGACACCCCUGUUGUCAAAUCCUCCAGCCGUGAGCUCUGCUACAUUAUCCUUGCUGGCAUCUUUCUGGGUUACGUCUGCCCUUUCACCCUUAUAGCUAAACCCACCACAACAUCCUGCUACCUCCAGCGCCUUCUGGUGGGUCUCUCCUCUGCCAUGUGCUAUUCUGCCCUUGUGACCAAAACCAACCGCAUUGCACGCAUCCUUGCAGGCAGCAAAAAGAAGAUCUGUACCCGCAAACCACGUUUCAUGAGUGCAUGGGCCCAAGUGGUCAUUGCCUCCAUUUUGAUCAGCGUGCAGCUGACACUGGUGAUCACGCUGAUCAUCCUGGAGCCCCCGAUGCCCAUCCUUUCCUACCCCAGCAUUAAGGAAGUUUACCUUAUCUGCAACACCAGCAACCUGGGCGUCGUGGCUCCUGUGGGCUACAAUGGACUCCUCAUCAUGAGCUGCACGUACUAUGCCUUCAAGACUCGCAAUGUGCCUGCCAACUUCAAUGAGGCCAAGUACAUUGCAUUCACCAUGUACACCACCUGUAUCAUCUGGCUGGCAUUUGUGCCUAUCUAUUUCGGGAGCAACUACAAGAUCAUCACCACCUGUUUUGCAGUGAGCCUGAGCGUGACAGUGGCACUGGGGUGCAUGUUCACUCCUAAGAUGUACAUCAUCAUAGCCAAACCUGAGAGGAACGUCCGCAGUGCCUUCACCACCUCGGAUGUGGUGCGUAUGCAUGUUGGGGAUGGCAAGGCACCUUGCAAGUCCAACACCUUCCUCAACAUAUUCCGGAGAAAGAAGCCAGGGGCUGGAAAUCCAAAUUCUAAUGGAAAGUCUGUGUCAUGGUCUGAACCAGGUGGAAGACAAGCUCCCAAGGGGGAACACAUGUGGCACAGACUCUCGGUGCAUGUCAAGAGCCAGGAAACAGGGUGCAAUCAGACAGCGGUGAUCAAACCCCUCACUAAAAGCUACCAUGGCCAAAGCAAGAGCCUGACUUUUACCGACAGCAGCAGUAAGACUCUGUACAAUGUGGUGGAGGAAGAAGAUAGAGAACCCGUUCGCCUCAACCAGCCCAGCAGCCCCUCCAUGGUGGUGCACAGGCGGGUGGCGACGACCCCCCCGCUGCAGGCCACGGCGGAGGAGACCCACCUCUUCUUGCCUGAGCAGCCCCCCAAGACCCUGCCCCUGCAGCCACGGUCUCUCAUGGACCAGCUGCAAGGAGUGGUCAACAAGUUUGCCACCAACAUCCCUGACUUCAAUGCUGUCCUCCCCGCGCCUGGCUCGGGGAAUGGUGUGCCCCCCCCCCCACGGCGGCCCCCUCUGCCACCUCUCCAGGUGUCUGCCUUCAGCGAGGAGCCCCUGUCUCCCCCGGCCAAGGAAGCGGAGAGCGAGAAUGUGAAGCUCAUUCAGGGAUACGUCUAUGAGAAGAACCCAGAGGAGGAGGAAGAUGAGGAGCCGGCAACCAGCAAGCUCACCCUGGAAGACUCUCCGGCGCUGACGCCCCCGUCCCCUUUCCGGGAUUCGGUGGCUUCGGGCAGCUCCGUGCCCAGCUCCCCUGUCUCUGAGUCAGUGCUCUGCACCCCCCCAGAUGUGAGCUAUGCUUCUGUCAUCCUGAGGGAUUAUAAGCAAAGCUCGUCGACUCUGUAG